UAACAUUAAAAUAAAAACACAGUGACCUCCUCCAGCACGGAAUGAAGUCGAUCGAUGCCGGGCCGUGAAAGCCACUUAUGUGACAGCCUAGCUUUUUCUCGGUGUGCCGGCUCGAUGAUGAAGAUGCGGUUUGUUACGUAAGGACCGGACCGCAUCAAUGAUUGCCUCUCUAAGACUAAGAGCUUCUUGCGUCAAUCAAAUCCAAGUUGAGAUAGAGAGAACAUGCAGAGAGAUGGGGGUUCUCAUUUAGCAAUCAGUGGUUAAAAUCUAAGUGCUCCAGUGGUUGGCCGUAAUGACUAUCGAGCGCGUAGCAUCUGUCCGUCCAGUUUUAUCAUCAGCAGCAGAGAGAGCGAGAGAGAGGGGGAGAGCCCGGCAUUUGCGCGUCUGUUUAGCUUCAUUUCCGCUACGCACAGUCUUAAGCCAUACGCGUCGCUGGCAUCAUCAACAACCCAUGAUUCCCAAGACAUAUUAGAGAUCUUAUCAUACAUCUAAGGAGAAAGGGGACUGAGACAUCAUCUUAUAAGUAAACCUGGUAUUGUGUCUUCCAAGGAGGAGGAGGGUUACUGUCGAAGAGGGGGAAAAGGACAACCAUCCCGGAGUGAAUUUAUCCGAGAGAUGACGACCCAGCAUCCCCUAUUCACAGUGGCCGUGCUGUGCCUGACGACGGCUUGCAUCUCCGGCGGUCAUUUCUCGAUGGAACCGGAGGAAUUUAAGUUAGUGACCCAUCUGAUGAAGAAUUACUACCCUCUCGUCCGGCCCGUCAAAAACCACCGAGACGUCGUCAAUGUAUUGAUGGACAUGACACUUGUGGAGAUUGUCGAUAUGGAUGAGGAAAAUCAGAUUAUGACCAUAAGCGUUUGGUUAUACCAACAAUGGAGAGACGAGAACCUACAGUGGAACCCGCGUGAAUUCUACAACAUCUCGGAGGUGACUGUUCCAUCCAAUGAGAUAUGGAAACCGGAUAUCGUGCUAUACAACAAUGCAAAUGACAACUUAGAGGGCGGUAUCCGGCAGACUCGCGCCCUCAUUGACUCAGAGGGUUUAGUCACGUGGCGAGCCCCGGCCAUCUUGAUGAGCGCCUGCAAGAUGAAUCCGCUGUUCUUCCCGUUCGAUAUACAGAACUGCACGCUCAAGUUCGGCUCGUGGACGUUCAACGGUUACCAGCUGAACCUACAGCUCAACGUCACAGAAGCAGACACGUCCAGGUUCACGGGUAAUGGGGAAUGGGAUUUGAUUGAAAUGCCAGCAUCCCGAGAAGUUACCUUCCAGCCCUGCUGCGCCGAACCGUACCCAGUCAUCCACUUCCACGUGAUACUGGAGCGUCGCUCACUGUUCUAUAUGCUCAACCUCGUUCUUCCUUGCGUCCUCAUCUCGUCGAUCGUUCUCCUGGGAUUCUUCCUGCCAUCCGACGCUGGAGAGAAGAUCACUCUGACCAUCACCAUUCUACUCUCAUUGACCGUGUUCCUCCUGCUUGUUGCUGAAACCAUUCCACCUACGUCCGAGGUUGUGCCUCUAAUUGGUCAGUUUUACGCCGCCAUUAUUAUUCUGGUUGGUGUCUGCGCGGCUCUUACAGUCGUGGUGCUCAGCAUCCACCACCGGGGGGACAGCACGCAUGUACCCCGGUGGGCCCACCGUCUCAUUCUGGUCAAACUAGCCAAGAUCCUCCGAGUCCGCAGCCAGAUCUCCCAGUCCUCCAUGGAGUUAGAGAUGCACAGUCCCUCCGAGACGGACUUCGCCAACAUGUCGUCGCGAGGGGGCGUCCUCAACCCUAUCUUCGAAGGCGACGACGGCAUCGAGGAGCAGCACGCCGAGGACGACAGAGGGAGCCCUGUACGAAUGUCGUCGGACAACAAGGCUGACAGAUCAAAGGAAAGACUGUACACGGCGGGCGAUUCGGUGAUCGAGCAAUACAUGACGUCUAUUUCUAAGAACGUUGGUUAUCUGGUGAGGCGGGGACGCGACGAGGAUAAGAGCCAACAGAUCUCCACCGAGUGGCAGGAGGUGGCAAUGGUACUGGAUCGUCUCUUCCUGGUCAUAUUUUCAAUGCUUAUUUCAGUCGUAGUCGUCACUAUUCUACUUAUGUCCUCCAUGAGAGUGUCCAUCUUGUGACGGGACUGAAGAAUUCUUCUGCAUUUGUUUGUAAUACUAUAAUUUCUUCCUCAUUAUAUACGUUCUUAUACAGUAAUACUGCAACCUUUAAAUUGCUUAAAGACACUGGACACUGUUGGUAAUUGUCAAAGACUAGUUUUCACAGUUGGUGUAUCUCAAUAUA